AUGUUACCAAAGAGUGUCGUCGAAUCUGCCAAGCAGGCGCAGCUCAAUACUCUCAAAUCCGCCAGCGCCCACAAAUUGCCGCUGCUUCUUUCAAAGCUCCCGCAUGGGGUAGGCGGAACUAGAGUGGCACAGCACAGGUGGAAGGGGGUCUCCGAUGAGGAUACCUUCUGGACAGUCACCAGGUGCAAGCUGCGUGGUGGCGGCCAUGGGUCUGUGUACGGCAGACUCACUUGGAAGGGCAAGACAGUAAGCAAACAGCCAGACGAGCUUAUCAGAGGCGCCAGCAAAUACAAUUGGAGAUUCAUCGAACAGCACUAG